AUGAACAACGGGGACGUGACGGACAGAGCCCGACCUCGGAUCAUGGAGAUCUCCCGGAAAGCUUCAUUCAGCGCUUCUCACCGGCUGCACUGUAAUUCCUUGAGCGAUGAGGAGAACAAGAAGAUUUUUGGAAAGUGCAACAACCCAAAUGGACACGGCCAUAACUACAUAGUGAUUGUCACAGUGCGGUCUGAGAUCGAUCCUGUCACUGGAAUGGUAAUGAAUCUAACAGACCUGAAGAAACAUAUAGAGGAGGUUAUUAUGGUUCCAUUGGAUCAUAAAAAUUUGGAUCUUGAUGUUCCCUACUUUAAGAAUACUGUCAGUUCUGUGGAGAACCUGACUGUAUUCAUUUGGGAUGGCCUUCAGAAGAGACUUCCACCAGGGCUGCUGCAUGAGGUACGUGUACAUGAGACCGACAACAACACUGCUACCUACAGAGGGGAAUGA